GUUGAUGGCUGCUCGACGCUGAGGGUUUGUUUACCCGUUUACAACAGUUUUAAUCGUCGACUAUUAAAGUUCACGGCUAAAGUUAGAAGUGCCAGUUUUAACAGCAUUCCAGAGCAAUGUCUUCUCGGAAGUCAAGUACAUCUGAAGAAGGCUUGCCUUCAAACAGAUGUGGAGAGCGCACUCCCCUGAGAAGUCUGCAGAAUGAAAUGCAUCUGUCAACUCCAUCAUCGAGGCUCAAGUCAAAAUCACUGCUCGGUGCUGAUGUUGCAAAAACGACAAAGAGUGAUGUUCCUGUCUGUGACCCAGAGCCCCACUUACGCUCUCCUCCACCCACCAAAGUGAUUCAAACCAGUGCCUCCACUGGUGACUUGACAACUACUGAGACAGCUUUUGAUCUUGGAGACGUCACAUUCAAAUCCUUCAUCUGUCCUGGUGGGGAGGUUGAGGUUACAGGCUCUUCAGUGUGCGCAGAAGAGAGUAUUAUUUUGCCCAAGGAUCAGGCUAUGUUUGAGACAGAAGAUACAGUCAUCUCUGACAGUAUAGUAGUUGAAUCUUGCAGUGACCACAUAGAACACCCCUAUUAUAAUCCUGAGAGGAAAGAUGCUUCCUUAGUUGACACUGACGCAGCAUGUCCCUGUAAAAAUUCAAACACCACACUGGCCCUUGAUGACUUGGAUGAUGGACACACCACACAAAAUUUCAGAGCUCAUCAAAAUGACUGCUGUGGAAGGAGAGAUGUCACCUGGAGGUCCUUUGCUUGUGAUGGCGGUGAGAUUGAAAUUUAUGAUGUCACCAGACCAGGAGAUGAAACCAUUCCUCUACCUAAAGCACAGCUGGGUGAAUCUUUACAAGACAAGAGCAUGAGUUCAACACAUCUCUCUGACUGUGGUCAACUAUAUGAAGCAGAACAUGCAGAUCAUCCCUACUGUAGCAGUGAAAAUGGUGUUAAUGUCAUCACCAGAUUCUCCAAAACCACAAACGGUCCUGAAAAGCCUGCUGAUGGAAUGAGUGAUGUCACCUUCAAAUCAUUUAACUGCACUGGAGGAAUGAUCGAAAUUUCAGAUGGCAUCAAACCUGCAGAUGAGACUGUCCCCCUACCAACUGACCAAACUGCGACCUGCAGUUACUCCUACAAUUAUGGUAUAGAUCCAAGCAUGCUAGCUAGUGACCAAGAGGUGCAAAAUGGUAAUGACCAUUUAGAUCACCCAUACUGUAAUAUUGAAAAUUACCCACCAACCCCAAGUGGCAACCUCCUCAUAACACAGGAACCAUUACCCUUCAGCCUUGAUGUUGUGGGUGAGGUUAAACAGAUGAGUCUAGGGGUUCUGGAUAGCCAGACUGGCAGCCAAGAGGGCGUUACAUCUGGCUCUUUUAUCAAUGCCAGAAAUGAGGUAGUAAUUUCAGAUGGCACUCAGAAAACUUCCCCUCUGCCUGAUAACCAGGAUGUUAUCUGCCAGCCCAUUGAUGAAGAUGGUGUACCUACUUUUGCUACACAGGAUCAAAUCCAAGAUCACUAUGAACAACCUAACAGCCACAAGGAAAACAAUGAAAUUGUGGUAGAUACUGACUCACCGGCUGUCAGUACAUCUUCACUGACUUACUCACCUUUGAAGGUACUAGAUGAUAAAUCUGUCAAAAACUGUCAAAUACAAGAAACAUCAGAAAAUGACUUAAUGCAUCCUGAGGACAGUGCAUUGCCUUCAAUGCCUCAUAGAACUGAGUCUCCUGACUGUAGCCAUGUGGUGGCUAUGGCAGAGACUCUUGCACCUGCAGAGGUCCAUGUGAAACGUGUCUCUCAUGUGCAAAGCAGCAGUGAACCCUUUGAAUCCAGUGAGGCAAAAGACAGCGCUCUUGGUUCAUCAGGAAAUGGACCCAUUCUUUGCAACUCUGCUGAAAGACCUCAGUCAGAAAACCGACCCGAUGUUUUGAAAGUGCUGUCAGACCGCAACUCAGUAGUGUCUUUUGGGAGUCUGACUCCAGUUGUAAGGAGAGCCUCCCUCGCUGUAUUAAAGGCUUUUAAGGGUCCUGCUUUUGAUCAAUUUUUGGCUGACGAUUCUGCUCUUGAGGGUGAAAAGAGCUUUGUGGUUCCUUCUAAUGUUGACCCUGUCAGACUGUGGACAGAGCACUUAGAGAGCCCCAUGCCCCGUCCUCUGUUUAACUCUACAGUCCUAGGUUGCAAGCCCCAGGCAGACCCAGUCACUGAGCCAGCUGUAGAUGUGGGUGCAAAGCCUUCUGCAGCGCCUCAGUCUGAAGUAGAGAAGCCGGUUCUGGAUGUACCUUUGAUUCCAGAUGGUCCACUUCAGCAGCAGCUUCGGCAGAUGGCAGAGUUUCUUUUCUUGGCGUCAGGAAAGAUGGGCCCUGCUGCUGUCUCUGCUCCCCUUGUGCCUCCUGCUGCUGUUACAGUCGCAUCGGCAAAAGCUACUCCUGCAGAAUCCCACAGUAUCUGUGUGGGCACCACUCCUGUUAAAUGGCAAGACCACAGCGUCAACACAUCCGGCCAGUUUGAGAGAAAGAGGGAUUUCUCUGUGGCUGAUUCCUGCACUCUGACGGACCCUCUCCUGUGGAAUGUACCUCCAGGCAGCCUGGAGUGUCUCCCCAGACAAGAGCUGGAGCAGAGGUUGAGGUCUAGCAUGAUCAUGGUGGAGGCUCUCGUGCAGCAGUUGGCUGCGUCCAGGGCAAGUGGAUGUCAUUCUGCAGGCCCUGCACCUUCAGACCUCAGAGAGAAACUAGUGCAGACAGACCACACUGAGCUCAGUCAGACCACAAUGUACAGAGACUUAUAUUUGGAGGCUCUCAGCCGGAUUGAAGAGUUGGAGUUGGAUGGAAGUUCCCUGCAGAACCUCAUCCGGUGUAUGCAGGACAUGAGGAUCACCAUGACUUCUUUGAGUUAUGACACGGAUGCAGCUCUCUCUGACAUGAAGCAAAUAGAGGAUGUUGUCAGAGAGGAUCAUCAGAGCCUUGUUUCACAUUACGGUCAGAUGAAGUCUCUAUUAGAGAAAACGAAGAUGACUCAGACAGCAAUGAUGCAGAAGGUCAAAGAUACUCUUCACCAAAGAGAUGACAUGAGGAUACAGAUGGAGGACGCCUUCACAGCCAAGGAGGCGGCCUUCAGUACGAUAAAUCAGCUGAGGACACACUGUGCUGCAGAAAUCUCAGAGCUGGAGAGGAUUGUUGGGUCUCAGCAAGAACUGUCAGCUGCACUAGAACAGACUUAUCCAGAACAGGUUGCAUUAAACCAGGCCUACACUGACGUGCUAAGUUCUGCAACUGACGUUCUGUCAACAACCAUGAAGGAACAAUCCAGUUUGAUGAAAGAACUCCGCACAGUCAGAGGUCUUCUGCAGAAAACUGCUCCCAUUCUUCUGAAGCUGAACGAGAAGGCGGCUGCUGCUCUGAGAGAGAGGGACGAGCAUCUCUCUGCAAGAGACCAGGCUGUUGAAGAAAGAGAGCAGAUUGAGGAUGAAUUGGACCAAGCUAAUAGGAAUCUCCAAACUGCCAGAGAAGAAAUUGGUGAUUUAAAUCUGCAGGUGACAAUUCUUACCUCAGAGAUGGGUGUGCUCCGUCAGAAGCUGACAGAAAGAGAGGAAGAGAGGGGUCAGCUGGAGAGGAAGGUGACGGAGCUGUCUGCCACUGUUUCCUCCACUUUGGCCUCCUACACCUUCCUGGAGCAGGCUCUUGGUGCUGAGACUACAAAGUUGCAGCAAUCAUGGAAGGACAUCCAGCUAGCCAAAGACAGAGCAAAUGAGCUGGAAACAUCACUGGGUCAGUCGGAGCAGCGUGUGUGUGAGUUAAGUCAGGCUUUGGCUCAAAGUGAGGAGCAGCUCAGUCAGCUGCAGGUCGUCACACAAUCCCAGAACCUGCAGAUCCAGCAGCUCCAGGAUGUUUGCUCCCAACUCAGUGGUGUGCGGGAUAUGAACGAGUUCUUACAGAUGGAGAAUGAGUUGGCGAGGGAGCAGGUGGCUGAAAGUGAACGAAUGCUUAGGGCCAACCUGCAGGGGCUGCGAGAGAGGAACAUCCAGUGUGAGGACCUUAAAGGAGAACUAAGUCAGCUUCAACAUGAGAACAGGAUUUUGCAGGAGGAGCUGGAAACCACAAAGUCCAGAGCUGGUGCAACCCAGAUGGAGCUGGAAGAGAAACUGGCAGAGGCGGUUACUGAAAUUACUUUGCUGCAUCACACACUGCGAGGACUGACCAAUGAACUACAUGCAGCACUCAAUGAACAGAAACCAGAAUCACAGAAGGACAAAGAGUCUCAAGUCCUCAAUGUGGAGCGUCGUCACCCCUCCAGCUCCUUUGUCGACAGCGUCAUGGUUGCAUUAACUGCUGAGAAGGAGGAAGACGCCACAACAGAGACACCUCCAGUCCCCUCAGACACACCCGAGCCGCAAUGUGCAACUUUGUUCAGCGAGACGAGUGCCUUCACCCGCAUUGCAGCCGUCACCCCUAAAAAGAAUUUAAAUGCAGUAGAGUUUGAGCCCGAGGACGAUCAGAGCAGCCUGGCAGAGCUGCUCGCUGGUCUGGGCAGCACCGUCACAGAGCUCGUCAGCACCCUGAAGCUGCUGCGACAGUGUAAAGAUGCUCAGCUGGAGGAGAUGCACAACACCAUCUCUGGGCUGCAGGUGGAGCAGCAGGCUGCAAACAACAGACACGAAGCUGAGGUGUCUGAGCUGCAGCAUCAACUCAGCCGUCUGAACAGCCUGUUUGAGAAGGGAAACCAGGCACUGCAGCAGAAAGCUCAGGAUGAGAAAACUGUGGCAAAGUUAAUGGCGGAAAUACAAGAGACCCAGGAAAUCCUAAAUAAACACAAGAGCGACAGUAAUGAAUUGAAGAAGGAGGUGGUUGAGCUUCGUCGUGCUCUCCAACAGUCAAAGGCGGAGUCUCAGUUUCUUCGGGGGGAGUUGAGAAAAACUGGCAGCCAGUCAACUAACCCAGCACAUCUUAUGGAAGAAAAGAUUCAGUUGUUGAGAGAGGUGGAGAAACUGAAGUUGAGUGUUCAGGAGGCGGAGCAGGCCAGAGUAAAACUCCUUGAGAGAGCAAAAAGACAUCAAAUCAUCCACCAGACGAACCAACAGAAAAGUGAGAAUGAGCUUCAGAUGUUAAACAAGGUGAUCAAUAAAGUCAGAGAGACUCUGCACUCUUUGCCGGUGGUCGUGAAGAAUUGUGAACAACUCCAACAGCUUGUUGAAUACAUCGGCUGACAUGUUUUUUUUAUUGUCAGCUAUGUUCAUUGUAUUUAUGCCCCUUAUAUUUUAAUUUGU